ACAACUUCACACUUGUUCUCUUUCCUCUCUGCUUUCGUUGCUUCCAUAGCAGUCCACUCUUCCAACAUUCAUUGAAGAGUGGCUGUUACAUAACGAUAAUAAUUAAAAAUAACUCUCUCUCUCUCUCUCUCUCUUCACUACUUCCUCCCUUUAAUAAUCUCCUGGAUCAUUUUCUCUUAUUUCCAACUUAGCUUAGAUUACUUCGUCAUGUUCAUGUUCGUGUAAAGCUCGCAACUUUGCAUCUGGGUGGGAAAUGAGAACAACUGACUAAGCUUGAAAAUAGGAAAAAGAAUUGGUCUUUUGAUUGAUUUGAACUUGGGUUGUGAAAUGGAGUUCCCUUCCCUCUCUCUGAGGGCAUGUAAAACCAUUGGAGGUUGGACCCUUUUGUUGCCACUAGUACUGCUGCUAUGGAGUGCUGUUGUUCAUUCGAAUUCGGAUUACUUGAUUGGUCUUGGAAGCUAUGACAUCACUGGUCCUGCAGCUGAUGUCAAUAUGAUGGGGUAUGCCAAUGCAGAACAAAUUGCAUCUGGUGUUCACUUCAGGCUCAGGGCUCGUGCUUUCAUUGUCGCCGAGCCAAAUGGUAACCGGGUGGUGUUUGUGAACCUUGAUGCUUGCAUGGCUUCACAGCUUGUGACUAUCAAAGUUCUUGAGAGGCUGAAAGCAAGAUAUGGUGAUCUUUACACUGAAAAGAAUGUAGCUAUUAGUGGAAUUCACACUCAUGCUGGUCCUGGUGGUUAUCUCCAGUAUGUUGUGUAUAUUGUAACAUCCCUUGGAUUCGUUCGCCAGUCAUUUGAUGUCAUUGUUGAUGGAAUUGAGAAAAGCAUUGUUGAGGCCCAUGAAAAUCUCCACCCAGGAUCAAUAUUUGUCAACAAGGGAGAGCUCUUAGAUGCCGGUGUAAAUCGCAGUCCUAGUGGUUAUCUCAAUAAUCCUGCUGAAGAGAGAAGCAAAUAUAAGUAUAAUGUGGAUAAAGAAAUGACUCUCUUAAAGUUUGUUGAUGCUGAAUGGGGUCCUGUUGGAAGCUUCAAUUGGUUUGCUACUCACGGAACCUCAAUGAGUCGUACAAACGCAUUAGUUAGUGGGGAUAAUAAAGGUGCUGCUGCACGUUUUAUGGAAGACUGGUUUGAGCGAAAAAAUGCUGUAAAAAUGGAUAAUGUUGGAUUUGAAGAUGGUGGCAUCCCCCGAAGAAUCUCAAACAUAAUUCCCAGCCUUAAUGAUAAUCACCAUGAACUACUGGAAAUCGCAGCCUCCUUCCAAUCUCCUCCUGGAAGACCAGUAACAAAAUCUUCGAGUAUUGCAAGACGCGUAAGAGGUGCCCUUAGGCAGGUUGACAAGCCUAAAUUUGUAUCUGCAUUUUGCCAAUCGAAUUGUGGUGAUGUUAGUCCAAAUGUCCUUGGAGCUUUUUGUAUAGAUACUGGACUACCUUGUGACUUCAAUCAUAGUACUUGUGGAGGGAAGAAUGAAUUAUGCUAUGGCCGAGGACCAGGCUAUCCAGAUGAAUUCGAAAGUACACGUAUUAUAGGAGAGAGACAAUUUAAAAAAGCAGUGGAACUAUUCAGUGGAGCAUCUGAACAGAUUAAAGGGAAGGUUGAUUUUCGACAUGCCUACAUAGACUUCUCCCAGCUUCAGGUAAAUCUUCCGAAUUCCAAGGUAGUAAAGACAUGCCCCGCUGCAAUGGGAUUCGCAUUUGCUGCUGGAACAACAGAUGGACCUGGAGCUUUCGAUUUCACGCAAGGUGAUGAUCAGGGAAAUCCUUUUUGGAAGCUGGUCCGCAACUUGAUUAGAACACCAGGCCAGGAACAAAUUGAUUGCCAGAAGCCAAAGCCCAUUUUGCUUGAUACUGGUGAAAUGAAAGUACCAUACGAUUGGGCACCUUCAAUACUUCCCAUCCAGAUCCUCCGAGUUGGACAGUUUGUUAUUCUUAGUGUACCAGGAGAAUUUACAACAAUGGCUGGAAGGCGUCUUCGUGAUGCAGUGAAGACAGUGCUAAGUGGUCACAAAGAUUUCGGUAACAACAUUCGUGUUGUUAUAGCUGGGUUGACUAAUACUUACUCACAGUAUGUGACAACAUUUGAAGAGUACGAAGUGCAAAGAUAUGAGGGUGCUUCCACACUUUUCGGUCCACACACACUCAGUGCAUACAUUCAAGAGUUCACGAAGCUUGCAAACGCUCUCAUCAGUGGCCAGCCUGUAGAACCAGGGCCACAACCCCCGGAUCUCCUCGACAAGCAAAUAAGUUUGCUGACACCGGUAGUGGUGGACACAACACCUCUGGGCUCAAACUUCGGGGAUGUCAUCUCUGAUGUGCCCAAGAACGCUACCUUUAAGAGAGGCGACAUGGUGUCGGUUACUUUCUGGUCUGCAUGCCCCAGAAAUGACCUAAUGACAGAAGGUACAUUCUCACUUGUGGAAUUCCUCCAAGGAAAGGAAACUUGGGUUCCUACCUAUGAUGAUGAUGACUUCUGCUUGAGGUUCAAGUGGUCGCGGCCUGCUAAACUCAGCUCGCGAAGUAAAGCAACCAUAGAAUGGAGAAUUCCACAGGAUGUAGCUCCUGGUGUAUACAGAAUAAAACAUUUUGGUGCUGCAAAGAGUUUGUUAGGAUCCAUUCGCCACUUUACAGGUUCAUCAAGUGCAUUUGUAGUAGCAUAAAUAAAGGGGAGGGAUGGUGAAUACUCAUUAUACAUGCCUAAAGCUAUUCUUUACUACAUUGUUGUUGAUUUCUUCUGAUACUGAGUUCUCUAGCAGAACACCAUGAAUCAAAGGUUGAAAUAGUUGAUUAAGUUGUUGUAUUUGUUAACAAUUGCUCUUCAGUCUUCAGACAUGGUUAAUUAUUUAUACAAGAAGAAUACAUGCAAAGAAAUGUUGAGUUGUUA